GCCCUGACACAGCAUGUUUGAAGAGCUCCUGCAGGCUCCUGCUUUGGCCUCCUGGUUGGGGCUUCUUGCAGGCUUGCUGGCCGUCCACCUUUUGUACUCCAUUUGGACUUUCCAAGAUAAACAGAAGAAUCCUCCUGGGCCCAGACGCCUUCCCUUGCUUGGUAACCUGCAUCAGUUGGAUCUUCAGUGGCUUGAUAAGUCUCUUUUUGACCUCUCUAAAAGGUACGGACCUGUGUUUACCGUCUACUUGGGACUCAAGAAGGUGGUUGUCCUGGCUGGAAGCAAGACAGUCAGACAGGCUCUCAUCAACCAUGCUGAGGAGUUUGGGGAGAGAGAAACCAGCCCUUUAUUCCACGAUUUCUCCAAAGGGCACGGGAUAACAUUCUCCAACGGUGAUGGCUGGAAGGAAAUGAGGCGCUUUACCUUAACAACUCUGCGAGAUUUUGGGAUGGGCAAGAGACUCAGUGAGGAGAAAAUCACUGAGGAAUGUCACUAUCUGAUUGAAGAGUUUGAAAAAUAUGAAGGCAAAGCCUUUGACAACACAACGAUCAUCAGCUAUGCAGCUUCAAAUAUCAUAUCGGCCAUCAUGUUUGGAAAGAGGUUUGACUUCAAUGAUGCAGUCCUCCCAGAUAUGGUGAAGAAUGACCAAGAAACCAUCCGUCUGUCUGGAUCAGCUUCCAUCAUGAUCUACGAUGCGUUUCCAAUGCUGGGUCCUUGGCUUAAAAACUGGAGGGAUAUAAUGAAGAAUAUGGAGAAUAACAAGCAUCAUUUAUCGCAAUUAAUAAACAAACUCAAAGAGACUUUCAAUCCUGACAUAUGUCGGUGCUUUGUGGAUGCUUUCUGCACACGUAAGCUGAGUCUGGAGGAGUCUGAUGUUCAGAGAGUGCACUACCAUGAUGAAAACCUGGUCUACAGCGUGAUGAAUUUGUUUGCCGCUGGAACUGACACAACAUCAAACACUCUUCGCUGGAGUCUACUUUUAAUGGCCAAGUACCCUCAAAUACAAGAUCGGGUCCAGGAGGAGCUUAGUAGGGUGGUGGGAGACCGUCAGAUCACAAUGGAGGACAGGAGGAACCUGCCUUACAUCGUUGCUGUCAUCCACGAGACGCAGAGGUUCGCCAACAUUGUCCCCACGUCCGUCACUCGCAGCACCAGCAGAGACGUCACCUUCCAGGGAUACUUCAUUGAAAAGGGGACCACUGUGCUCCCUCUGCUGACAUCUGUCCUCUAUGAUGAGAGUGAGUGGGAGACACCAAACACCUUCAACCCUUCCCACUUCCUGGACGAGGAGGGUAAAUUCAUCAGGAGGGAUGCUUUCUUGCCCUUCUCUGCAGGUAAAUCCUCUCUUUCUUUCUUUCUUUUUUUAGUUAUUUUUCUUUUUAGAUUCACAAAUAUUGUCUUUGCAGGCCGCAGGGCUUGUCUUGGGGAAGGUUUGGCCCGGAUGGAGCUCUUCCUCUUCUUCACACAACUCCUGCAGCGCUUUCGAUUCACCCCUGCACCCGGGAUGUCGGAGGACCACCUGGAUUUGACCCCAUUGGUGGGCUUUACCCUCAGUCCUCUGCCACACCAGUUGUGUGCUGUGAGUCGCCACUGAGGAGAAGUUGUUUAGAUAAAAGUAAAAGGAGUGUCUCAUACCUUUGCACUCACUCUGUCAAUUUAGGAUCAAUGAUUAACAUUAUUAACAUUGUAUUGGAGUUUUUCUGGGCUGCACUGCAAAUAAUGACCAAAAUGUGUGACAUUUGAAUCACUUUCAAAUAAUCCACACAAUUCACACACACAAGUAGAUGCAAGGCAUACUUGGUCAUCAGCCAUACAGGUCACACUGACGUUGGACGUAUAAACAACUUUAACACUGUUACAAAUACGCGCCACACUGUGAACCCACACCAAACAAGAAUGACAAACACAUUUUGGGAGAACAUCUGCACCGUAACACAACAUACCGUAUUUCCUUGAAUAGCCGCCGGGGCGCUAAUUAAUUUAAAACCUCUUCUCACUCCUGCGCUUACCAAAAGCAUGCGGGAUGGGCAAGCAUGCGCUAAUUAUUUUAAAACCUCUUCUCACUCCGGCGCUUACCUUAUCAUGAAAAGCACAUUUAAUUAAAAAAAACGUUAUUAUGGUCUUACCUUUACUUAUUAAUGAUGUCCAUGUGCAGUUGCUUCUGAUCAAAGGCAGUCUUCCUUAUCUUUCUUUAGUUUUAAAAGUCUCUGGAGAUAUUCCUUUAAUUAUUACCUCCUGCUUCGAUUGAAAGUCCAGUUUAGAAAACUGUUUUAUUUUAGAUAUGUAAUCCUCCAUGGUAAAAGUGCAAGCAAACGAUCGCUGCUCACGCUUGUUGUCUUCUUCUGCAGCACCGGUCUUCUGCAGUACUGGUAGUCGCAAGAAGGAUCACUAGCGCCCUCUACCACCAGGAGGCGGGAGUCAUUUAAUGACUCAUAUUUGACCCGGCGGAAGUGCCAAGCAUGCGCUAAUUAUUUUGCGAAACGAGUUUGACCCAGCUGUAAUUCUAGGCAGGCGAAUACUAUAUUCCCGGCGGCAAUUCAAGGAAAUACGGUAAACACAACAGAACAAAUACCCAGAACCCCUUGCAGCACUAACUCUUCCGGGACGCUACAAUAUACACCCCCCUGCUACUCCCUCCCCCGAAACACCGCCCACCCUAACCCCGCCCACCUCAACCUCCUCAUGCUCUCUCAGGGAGAGCAUGUCCCAAAUUCCAAGCUGCUGUUUUGAGGCAUGUUAAAAAAAAUAAUGCACUU